GUGCUCACCACCUCCGGCCGUAUCGUAUUCUUCAGAGAAGCUCGAUCUUGCGGUGGCCGGUCUCUUGCAUCUGCGGAUCUGCCUCCAGGCUACUCCAGUCACGCCACUCGAUCGAUCGCCACCUUCUCUCUCUCUCUCUCUCUCUCUCUAGUCCAGGGACGACCGGCCGGUCCAGGAGAUGAGCUCGGUUGGGAGGCAGGACUCCAUGGACAGCUUGGAUUGCUCCUACUACCUCUCGGAUGGCGGCCUCGUGGAAGCGCCCACCUUGUCCUCCAAGCAAAUCGAGCAUGCCAGGAAGCAAGCUUUGACGAUCUUGGAAACCAAGUCCCCAGAAGAGGUCUUGAAGAUUUUCACCGAGCAGGGUUCAGAGGCCAAAGCCGACCUGGCGAGGGAGAAGGCCCACACCCCGACGACGCCUCCAAAAGGUGCUGAUGCAAAGGCUACUACUACUAGCGGCACGGUGCGGACCUCACCGCCGACGAACUGAAGACGAAGAUCGAACGCCUGUCUGUCUGCCUGCCCUGCCCUGCUGCUCGUCGGAAGCAAAUUAAAAUAAUAGCAUGCAUAGUCUUUUUCUUCCGAUCAAAACCAACGGACGCAUGACAUGACUUCCUCGUGCUUAAUUACGCACACUUCAUCAAACC